GUGUUAGAGGGGUGUUGGUGACGUUACUCGUCGCGGCUUUCAUCUAUUUGUCUGUGAAGUGUAAAUAUUCCAGUAUAUGAGUGAUCACUUGGCGGGAAGUUUGUGCACCAACUUCAUCUAAGAUGGACAACUCCACCCUCUGUGAGGGUGUAUGUACGGAGGUCCCUAGACCAUGGGAGGAGGAAGAAGUGUGGGGAUCCUUCAGACGAUGGCACGUCCUGCUCCUUACAAGCCUUGCUGGUCUGUCUGUCACCAUGUUCUUCUGCUGCGUGUUCAAGUGUCGUGUUCCCAGGACCAAGCAGGAGAUAGAGGCUAACUACAUACGACGUCAGCUGGCCCGCAAGUUCCGUCGCCAAUUGAACAUCAUCAACAACUCUGAGAUGGACGAAAUGGAUCUUCUCAAAGCCCUGGAGCGGCUGAGGGCAGAGCUUCGAGCAGACUCUGGAAGCCUGGCGCAGUCUGAAGCUUUCUCUACUCUCUCCUUCACCCCCACCGGCACCCCCACCUACAGGAAGGGUUCAGAACUUCACAUUGGAGUAUCACUGGAGGAGCUGCGCCUUGCUACAGCGGAGGGCCCCAUCACCAACCUGAAGGGGCGAGUCUCCAACAUUAUAACGGGUGCCUUACACAAGCUAAAGCGCUGAAGAGGAGGAAGAGGAAGGCGGAGGAGGAAGAAGAAGACGGAGUUAGAAGAGGAAGUCGAAGGGGGAUGAAGAGGAAAGGGGAGAAAGAGAAGGAGGUGGAAAUAAAAGAGAAUAGAAUGACGGCAUAAGUGAGAGAUAAUGAUGUGGUGAAUGAAACAAAUAUACCUUAACACACUCCUUACCCUUAACACACUCCUUACCCUGGGGGGCAUAUUGGAUUUGUCCAAUAUGGAAGUGUGUGUGUGUGUGUGUGUGUGUAAUAAUACCAGAUGCAGCGAGGACGUCUCAGAAGACAAAAGUCUAGACACUCUAGAGGCUCACAAGUGCUUUAUAUGAAAUUAUUUUCCGUUCUUCUUCUUCUUCUUCUAAUUAUUAUUAUUAUUAUUAUUAUUAUUAUUAUUAUUAUUAUUAUUAUUAAAGAACUAACAGGAUCACAGAGUAUGGCAGGAAACUCACCAGAGGGCCGCUUAACAUUAAGAAUUAUAUUAUGACUGUAUGACUGCCACUGCCUCACGGUAUGAAUGUAUGACUGUAUCAUUGUCUCACUGUAUGACUGACAGUAUGACUGCCUCACUGUAUGACUGCUUUAUUGUAUCACCGACUUCCUUUAUCACUAUAUCUAUCACCAUAUAGUAAAAUGGACGUGAAGGGGUGAUACCAGAGGCUUGUGAAGUCACGGUUGACACCCUUUGUAAACAGAGUGAGUGAGAUUUUACACUCGGGCCUCGCCCACACUGUGACGUCAUCAACAUUAUGCUCUUCUUAUCCUCACUCUACCUGUUUCUCUGAUUUUUCACACAUCAUUUAUUUAUUCUCCGUUCCUUUGCUUCAACUUGAGACGAGAUGAGACGCCUUAGUGCUAGUGUGUCUAGGAGAAUUUACUUGUUUAAAGUCUGUUUCACAAAACUUGGGUGAAGUGCUCAGAGUAAGACCCCGGGAGGAGAGGGGGUGGGGGUCAUUUGAGCUGUGCUGACCUUUCACGGUGUUUCGGUAGUGACCACAGCACUGAAAAUGUCACGGUCAGGUUGAGACAUAAAACAAUAUAUAUUUUUGUGACUUUUUCUAGUUUUUUAAUAUCCUUAUGUACUGUAUGUCCCUCUUCCUCCGUCAUAUUUUAGUCGUAUGUCUUCUUAACUGUUUAGAUGCACUGUAUGGUUCCUUCUUUCUCUCUCUGUUUUCUUUUUCCUUGUUUAUCGGUUUUAUUUUUUGGUUUAAGUUUAUCUCAUCUUUUCCCAUCCACUUGUUAUGUCCUUCUCUUUUCCUUCCUCUCUACUUGUUUCUGUCUGUCUCCCUCCUUCGCUCUUCUCACCCACCACCAUUAUCAUAACGCCCCUCAAUCGCCCAGAUACUCACAAAGUCUCCACAAAGGGUGCCAACAACAUCAGUCACACCGAUGCUUAUAAAUUACGCCUUCGACUCUCUACUUACAUAUGCUGACUGACGUAUAAGAGUAUCGGAUUUCAGUAAAUAUAUGUAUUUCUAACUAUUUUUAGCACUGGGUGAGCUGAACAUAAUAUUUAGAUCGACGGCUGAACUUAUUGGUAACUGCACACAUGUCAAUAAAACGUUUUGGGCGAGAAAAAACUCACCCCGUCUUUUAUAGAUCACACUAUGGCUACUAUUAAUUUGUUCCUUCUAUAUAUUUACUUGUACUGUAUAUCGACUCUCUUGAUGUAAAUUAGAUCUAACUAUACCUGUAUUGAUGAUUAUAUGUAUGCUUUAGUCAUAAGUUAAUAAUUCCAUGAAGAUGUUAAUAUAUCCCAAUAUAUACCAAGAUAAUGUAAAUAACCCCAGUGAGAUGUUAAUAAUGGCAGUUUUUGAUGUUGUAACAAUGUCACGAGUUAGUGAGUAUAUCCCGCCAAGUAUGAGCCAAUCGCAGUGACCUGUGAGUGUGAAUGCCUUAGGUCUGAACCAAUAAGGAGAGCCUGUAAGACGUGACGUCAUGAAGAUGUGGUGCCUUGUAGGCCGUCUUUGUUUUCAAACACAGAGUCUGGUUAAAAUUGGUUCAGUGUAGACGUACGACUGGUCGGCCGGUUUUAUCUGUUUCACGAAAUGUGUUGUGAUUCAUGUGACACCUGUUUAACUAGCUAGGAAAUUAGGUUUAUUGUUUUGAAGUAUAAUUGUCAAUCUCAAUAGAAGGUGUUCAAUAAACAAAGAACCGCUAAGGGGUGUUAUAAAUUGCCCUCCCCCCCUCUUGGUGCUGAGUAAACAUUGUCAUACAUGUCUUUGGUGUUAUGCAGUGAUAUAUUGAGUCCUGAGUAACAACACACCUAUCACCUGUUUCCCUAGUGUCUCGGUUAUCGCAUGUUAUCCCUAUUCCCCAGUCAUCCUCUCUCUCAGUGUCCCCUCAUGUCGGUUACCCUCUGGUGGGGGGAGUGAUCACAGGCAAGCCCCACCUCCGUCAACCACAGCCAGCCAUCCCCCAUCCGUCUGAGACAGAGGGAGGAUGACAAUC